AUGUAUACUUUAACGUUAGUUAAAGAUGAUAUAAGAUCAGAGAUAUUAAAGCUAGUCCUUGAUUACAUAAAAGUGAUGAUUGUAAAUGAUGAGAAAGUAACAUUUCCUGAAUUAAUCUAUAAUGAGAAAAUUAGUUUUGAUAAUAAAAAUAAAAAAUAUAAAGGAUUUUUUUGUUCUCUUUAUUCAUUAAUUGACUUUUAUAAUUGUUUCAGUGAGUUGUUUAAUGAGGAUGAAGGUAAAAUAAGUGAAAAUGAGGAAUUAAUUUUUCAUGUAGCUAGUGAUAAAUAUAUAUUGAAGCAAUCAGAUUUGAAGCAUCUAAAUGAUUUGUUAGUUGAGAAAUCUUACAUUGUCUCUGAUAAGCACUCAUCUAUAGUAGAUAUAUUUUAUUUUUGUUCUAUUCACAAAUUGCUAGAUGAAAUGCCAUUUAAGGAGAGAGUUGAAUAUUCUCAUAUUUUUAGAUGGUUUCUUCAUAUACAAGAAACCUUAAUAGGAAGCUUUAGUACACUAAAAAAGUUAGAUGUUAGAGAUAGCUUAGAAACUUUUAUGACUAAUAAAAAUUUAAGAAAUACAAAUGAAAAAAUUAACUCUACAAAAGUAGGAGAAAAUAAAAAAGAAAACUUGAAAAACGAAAAUGCAAAAAAUAAAAAGAAAAAUGUACAAAAUAAAAAUGUUAAAAAUACAGAAGAACCUAGAAGUUUAGAUGAUAUAUCUAGAUUAAAUAUUAUUGUGGGUUAUGUAGAACAUGUUGAAAUUCAUCCUGAUGCUGAUACAUUAUAUUGUUUAAAAGUAAAUGUAGGUGAAGAAAAAGUAAGAGAUAUAUGUAGCGGUUUAAGAAAUAAAAAAAAAGCAGAGGAUUUAAUUAAUCAGUAUGUUUUAGUUUUAGCAAAUUUAAAAGAAAAAUCAUUAAGAGGAAGAAAAAGUCAUGGUAUGAUUUUAUGUGGCUCUUUUGAAGAUAGAAUAGAAUUACUUCAUCCUCCUUCAGGAGCUAAAAUUGGAGAAAGGAUUAUCAGCGAAAAUAUGGACAUAAAAAGUUUGCCAGAUAAAACAUUAAGCUUUGAUAAAGAAAAAAAUCCUUUUUAUCAUAUUCAGCCACAUCUAAUAUUAAAAAAUGGAAUAGCUCAUUAUAAAGAUACAAAGUUAAUAUCAUCACAAGGAGAUGUUAAAUGUGUUUUACAAGAGGGAACAAUUUCAUAG